AUGGACCAGACAGAAGGCAGCGGGCCUGAUGGCACUUCCAUCAGGCCCGUCUCCUCCCUCCUUGCUCGGUUUGAGAAUAUGAACAAAGCCGCCCCGGCGCAGACCCAGCCGCAGCCUUCUCCCGCUCCCGCUCCUCCUCAGUCGCGGAACGUCUCGCCAGGGCCAAAGCCGGAUCGAUUGAGAAACCUUAAGACUUCUCAGGAGGCGACGUCUGCUCCCAUUUCUCCAAUCACUCCCGCCAAACCAUCGAAUCUGAAGGACCGAGCCUUUCCAACGCCCUCCCCUGCAAACCGAGAUAGAGGGGCACCGAUUCCACCGCCUCCCCUCUCUACACGGCCACCGCCUGUUGCGACGAAACCGCAAGUGUUGCCCAUUCAUCCGCCUGCAGUUACAGUUCAACCUCCCCAGUCACCACCCAAAGGAGGCGCGCUGAGUAUUGCUCCUGGGGAACAAUCGCCGUUCCUAGAUCCGGUUACCAUAUCCUCUGCCACGUCGAGUCGAUCCCCCACGCCGUUGAGAAUACCAAGCCGACCACUCACUCCUACCGGCAGUGGUGGUAUCAGUGGUACCGCAACGCCCCGAUCGCCAAAGCAGGGGAUUUCGAAAGCUCCAUCACCGCCACCUCCUAGGCGAUCCGCCGAGCUAAAGCGAGAGAAGGAAUGGAAACCUGCGCCGCCACCGCCGCCUGCCUCACGAUCAGAGAGGACGCUGAUGAGAUCAGCUACGGGUGUUGAGACGAGAGGGAGACCGGCUACGAAAAGGCCUAGUCGUUCCCAGGAAUCCUCCCCGUUUGGCGAACCGAGGAUCCCAGAAAAGGUGGAAGAAAACCCUCCAGAGUUGCCCGCGCGACCAAAGCCGGUGCAGCAGAAUGAUGCGCCGAGUAGGACAAGACAGAUUGCAGGAGCGUUUGAGCAGCCUGCCCAGCCUACCCAGUCAAUGCUCCGCCCUUCUCUAUCUGUACGGAAGCCGGCCCGUGAAGGAGAGCUCAAUGGCCUUGUCAGGGCUCCCAUCACUCCCCAGCAGACGGGCACCGCUCGCCCUGCCUUGCCAGCACGACCCCAAACCACGGAUAUUCCUCCACAAGCAGUAGUGAAUAAUGGAAUGAAGCCACCUCCUAAACCCCCGCGGCCAUCUGGAUCAAACAAUGCGCACGUCGCUGCCGCUCCUGUUCCCCAGCCACAACCUCCGGCCUCCAAUGCGAAUCGAGUCGUUUCCAAUCCACUUGCCCAACAACCGCAACAACCGCAGCAACCCCAACAACCACAACAACUAUCAUUAAAGGCGCAUGGACGGUCUAUGACAAUGAUGGAAUUAGGGGCGGCAGAUCAUCCUGCUUUGGAUGCUCGUGCCUCCCCGGCGCCCGCUGCAGCCGCCAUAGUAAAGCACGUUCCGACACCUGCUGCAAAUGAGGGGGGAAUUGUACCAAAAUCUGACCCUCCAGCUCAAAUCGCGGCGUACCCCGACAGCUCGAGUACCAACCGCCGACCUCCAUUCAUCAAGAAGGGCUGUUACGAGAUUCAGCCAAAGUAUGAUCCUCGUAUCUUCGACGUCUGUGGCCAGUAUGUCUGCACUACCGGCCCCUUGACUCGUGUCUGGAGUCUGCUAGAUGGAGAACAGAUUGUCAGUCUGGCGCACACGGAGGGCGUCAAGGCCACUGCCGUAUCGUUUAAGCCCAGUGCAGACCCUGACCAAGAAGGCUCCAAGGUGUGGAUUGGCACUAAUCUGGGAGAGAUUAUGGAGGUUGAGGUUCCGACUCAACGUAUACUGAUUUGCAAAGCUGGCAUUCAUGGGAAGUCAGAAGUCACCAGGAUAUAUCGACACCUGAAUGAGAUGUGGACUGUUGACGAAGGUGGCAACCUUCACGUCUGGGGCCCUGACAGCGAUGGCGAACCAAAUUUGAACAACCACCCACACCAAACUUUCAAGGUGCCCAAGGGCGAAACCUUCUCGAUGGUGGUUGGGGAUGAGCUCUGGCAAGCGACUGGAAAGCAGCUGCGGGUGUUUGCUCCCACUCGAGAUAACCGCACUGCAUUCCAGGUCCUGGCAAGGCCAAUCACGGUAGAGGGCGCUGGAGAUAUUACUUGCGGAACUCUGAUGAAGAGCUGCCCCGGCAAGGUCUUCCUGGGACACGUCGAUGGGAAAAUCAGCAUCUUUUCUACAUCCGACUAUUCUUGCAAAACAAUCGUCAACAUCAGCACGUGGAAAAUCAAUACGCUAGCAGGAGUUGGCCAGUACAUGUGGGCGGGAUACAACACUGGAAAGGUGUGUGUCUACGACAUUGCUCAGACACCAUGGGUCGUAUUGAAGGAAUGGCAGGCCCAUGACACCACAAUCUUGAAGAUGAAGGUGGAUUUCGCCAGCUCAUACCAGUUAGAUCAGUUGCAAGUCGUCUCUCUAGGCGCAGAUAGUCGGAUCAAAGUGUGGGACGGCAUGUUACAAGAUGACUGGCUUGAAGACGAGAUGAAGUCCAAGGACACGACAUACUGCGAUUUCGACGAGAUAAAAACGCUGAUAUUUACAUGGAAUGCCGGAGCCUCCACUCCUCAUAGCCUCCGGUAUUCGGAUGGCGACGCCACUUUCUUCCAGGACCUUUUGCAAUCGAGCGGCUCUCCUGACAUCCUAGUAUUUGGGUUCCAAGAGCUUGUAGACUUGGAGGACAAGAAAGCGACUGCAAAGCGGCUUCUCAAGUCAAAGAAGAAGGAAGGCACGGACCAGGAGCGAAUGAGCCAUCAGUACCGAGACUGGCGCGACUUUUUGCUCAAAACCUUGGACGAUUAUAUGCCGGCAGAUGAUCUAUAUCAUCUUCUCCACACUGCGCCUAUGGUGGGGCUGUUUACCUGCAUCUUUGUCAAGUCAUCGUUGAGGGACAGGAUCACGCAUCUAAGCGGUGCUGAAGUAAAGCGAGGCAUGGGAGGUCUGCAUGGUAACAAGGGCGCAGUUGCGGUUCGUUUCCAGGUGGACGACACAUCUCUAUGUUUUAUCAACUGUCACUUGGCAGCUGGUCAGACACAGGCCAGCUCACGCCACAAUGAUGCGGCGGCAAUACUCGAAGCCAGCCUAUUCCCAGUGGAAAGAGACAAUGAGAUCCGGAUCGACACCUUCAGUGGUGGUGGAGAUGGCUCCAUGAUUCUUGACCACGAGCUUUGCAUUCUCAACGGUGACCUCAACUACCGCAUUGAUACAAUGUCCCGAGAUACAGUGGUCAAGGCCGUAGAGCAGAACAAUCUGGCCAAACUCCUUGAGCGUGACCAGCUCCUCGUUGCGCGCCGCCGCAAUCCAGCUCUACGACUACGAGCAUUCGAAGAACUCCCAAUCACGUUUGCACCAACAUACAAGUACGAUGUAGGAACAGACACGUAUGAUACCAGCGAGAAGCGAAGAAGCCCCGCGUGGUGUGACCGUCUUUUAUUCCGAGGACGCGGCAGAGUACAGCAACUAGACUAUAGACGACAUGAAGUGAGGGUGAGCGAUCACCGGCCGGUUACGGGAGAUUUCCGACUUUGGGUAAAGAAGAUUAGACCAAAGGAGCGGGCGGCUGCGUGGAUGCAAUGCCAGCAGGGAUUUGAAGACGUACGGCAGAAAGAGUUGGCAGAAGAUAAGCUGUAUUAUCUAACACACGUCUGUGGCUUCGACAAGGCGACGAGCCAGAAGCUAAUACUAGAAAGAGCGUCACGAAAACCACACAGGAGCCCUAGCAGAAGCAGGGCAGGGUAUUAAUUUGGAUUCCCCUUUUAUCUAUGUAAUGCAUCGUAUGUCGGAGGGAAGCACAUACGGCGGCGCUGGGCGGGUUUUAGUGGUAUAAAAGAGAGUUGGCAUUUGGCAGACCCAAGACGAGGCGCUUGAAAUGAUACAAAGGGAAAGGGAAUGCGAGAGAGAAAGGGGCCCAAGUUUUUUUUGGUUCAAAGGCGCAAAAAAAAGCGAGAUUCGAUGAAGGUUAUGAAAUUUUUAUAGAAAGUCUGCAUAAUUUCUAG